AUAUUACCGCUUUAACGAGCAGACUCGCAGAGUGCACAGCGACUAUCCGAAGUCCAUCAGCAAGUGGAGUGGUGCACCAGACAACAUUAAAGCUGCCUUCAUGAGUGAAGACGGAUCCUACACUUACUUCUACAAGGCCAAUAAGUACUGGAAGUUCAACAACCAGCACAUGAAGGUGGAGUCCGGCUACCCCAAGUCGGUGCUCCUUGACUGGAUGGGCUGCGAAAGCGAGGAGCCCAAGAAGGGUCGGACGGUGAUCAUCAUCGAGGAAUCCGACGGAGGCUCCUGGGUGGCGGGCGUGGUGAUUCCAGUCCUCCUGCUGGUGCUGGUGCUGGUCACUCUGGGGGCGCUUUUGUUCUUCAGGAAGUACGGCACGCCUCGGCGCCUCCUCUACUGUCAGAGAUCACUGCUGGAUAAGGUGUAGACAGACCAACGGGUGACUGAAAGACUGCUGCAGAGAGACUGAGGGAAAGGAAGAGGAGUUUGAGGGAAGUAUGAUGAUCAAAGAAGA